AUGUCCGCCCCCGGUGCCCAGGCUACUGUCCCCGAGACGCCCCUCCCUGCGGGCUGGAUCAAGCAGUUUGACGAGAACUACAAGGCGUGGUUCUAUGUCAACACCAACACCAACCCCCCCACGACGCAGUGGGAGGCGCCCGUCGCCGAGGGCGGUGCCGACGGCGAGCGCGGCCUCGGCAAGGUCCUCGGCGUGACCGCUGCCGGCGCCACCGCCGCCGUCAUCGCCAACAAGAUUGCCAACAAGCCCGGCCAGCCGGCGUACCCCGGCGCUCCGGCGCCCGCCAAGCCUGCCGGCCUCGGUGUCGGCGGCAGCAUCGCUGCUGGGGGUGCGGCUGCUGCGGGUGUGCUGCUCCUCGGCCACGUCCUCAAGGAUAAGCCUACUCACGCUCCGCAGAAGAAGUUUGGCGACAACGACUCGGACGACGAGGACCGCCACAAGUACCACGGCCAGCAGCAGCAGUACCCGCCGCAGGGCUACGGCGGCCCCGGCGGCUACGGCGGCGGCUACGGUCCCCCCCAGGGCGGGCCCUACGGCGGCGGUCCCGGCGGUGGCUACGGCGGCGGCGGUCCGGGCUACGGUGGUGGUGGCUACGGCGGCGGUGGCGGCGGCCCCAUCUACGGCGGCGGCGGCUACUAA